GUCCUGCAGCUCGUGACAGCCAGAGCGUCUGCCAGGCUCACCUCUGUAGUGCCUCUGCUUGAGCUGGCCCAAGAAGGCCGGGCUUCUGGGGGGCCUGGGAAGGAUGUGCUGCCAGCCCUCGGGACUGCGCGAGGUGCCCGCUACCGAGCCACGCAAGCGCUCGAGAACUCUAAGCUCACCUGCAAUUGCCGGCGUCUGCCCAGCGCCGUGCCCCGAGCGAAGCGCAGGCUGGCCCUGGCACGGCGGUGCCUCUUGGCUCAAGCCCAGUCCUCCUUAAUGGCAUCUCCGCAGACAGAGGAGUUCUUCGAUCUCAUCGCCAGCUCCCAGAGCAGACGGCUGGAUGACCAGCGUGCCAACGUGGGCAACCUGCCAGGCCUCCGGAUAACACACAACAACCUGGGGCACCUGCGGGUGGAGGGGGACGCCCAGGAGCCCGGGGACGAGUUCUUUAACAUGCUCAUGAAGUGUCAGUCCUCCAGGAUAGAUGACCAGCGCUGUGCACCGCCAGACUCCAUUCCCCGUGGCCCCACGAUGCCAGACGAAGAUUUCUUCAGCCUCAUCCAGCGCGUCCAGGCCAAACGCAUGGAUGAGCAGCGGGUAGAUUUGGCCUCUACCCAGGAGGAGGCAGCAGAGGAGCAGCAGAGGCCUGGUUCCAGCUAA